UAAAAACUCGCCUGUGGGCGGUGUGAAUCGAAAUCGGAUUCGUUACACUGUACGACUGUCUCGAAACAUUGCCAGUCUCGAGUCUCUCGAGUCUGAGUCCACAUCCUACUUCGCAAUCGCAAGCGCAUUUUAAUGACUUAAUGGCGGAAACCAAUAAAACUACAAUGGCCGAAGAUGAAGAAGAUUACAUGGGCGAUCUCUCUCAAUUUCUCCCUCCUGAAACCUCUCAUCCUUCUAACUUCUCUCAGAAGAAGAGCUCUAACAGCACCAAACCCCUAAUUCAUCAACCCUCGAAGAAGAAACUCAAAACUCUUAACUGGCAAGAGCAACGAAAAAUCGACCGGGAGCGAAAGCAGAGGGAAGAGGAUGAACAAACCCUCGCGAAAUUCGACUCCGCCAUUCCUCAAUCCAACAUCGGAUUCAAGAUGUUGAAGAAAAUGGGGUACAAUCCCGGUUCAUCCUUGGGCAAGAACGGGAACGGUCGUGCCGAUCCGGUUGGCAUCGAGAUACGACGGUCCCGGGCCGGGAUUGGCAGCGAAGACCCAGAGAAAGAGAAGCUGAGGAAAGAGAAGGGUAGAGAUGAAAUGAAGAGGAGAAAGGAGGAGAGUUUAAUGAUGGAAUUUGGUUGCAGGCAGAAGUCGCAGUGGCGUAGCCGGCACAUUGCUGUUAACUUCGAAAAGGCAAAAGCGGCGCUUGCGCAAUUGGAAAACGAGGACAUUAUCGAGCCCAAGAAGGAGGAUGAACAAGACGAAGAGCAGGAAGAGGAAGAGGAAGAGAUUACGGAAGAGGAUUUGCAUGAAAUACUGAUGAAGCUCAGAAAUGAACACCGAUAUUGCCUCUUCUGUGGAUGUCAGUAUGAAUCAAUGGAGGCACUGAUAUCCAACUGUCCUGGAACAGAAGAAGAUGACCACUAAUUCCUUACCUCCACCACAGAGAGCUCAAAUGCGGUAUUAUAUUUGCAUUGCCAUGAGGCAAACUUGAUAUAGUGGCCCCUUCCAUGAAGAUUCAACUGCAAAGUGCAAAUAGAGAAAAACUGCUGGAUAAGCGUUACAACUUACAACAGGUGUAUACAGGCAUGCGGUUCCAUUAAGGAAGGUUAGAAAGGAUACUACAAUUUAACUUUUUUCAUUGUUUUUCUUAUCAAUAUGUAACUUAUUUCAUUGUUGUAAUUUGUAAACCUUGAAAUCAUGGAUUUCUUUUUUCAUUCCUCAUCAACCCAUGCUAUUGCUCA